AUGGCUAAUCAGAUCCAGUACAAGCCUGGUGAUAAGAUAUUUGCUAAGAUGAAGGGUUAUCCACACUGGCCAGCCAGAAUUGAUGAGCUGCCAGAAGGAUCUCCCAUACCUAAAGGAAAGUUUCCUAUCUUUUUCUAUGGUACUCACGAAACGGCUUUCUUAUUACCUAAAGAUAUUUUUCCAUAUGAUAAGUAUGUAGAUAAAUACGGUAAACAGAAUAAACGUGUUGGUUUUAAUGAAGGCCUGGAAGAAAUUAUCCAUAACCCUUCUGUUAAAUUUCAAGGGGUAGGUCAUAUAUAA